UUACUGAUAAUUUUUCUAGACAUUUCUAGAAAAAUAAUGUUGCCCUCUUAAUUUACAAGAAAAUAUUUUUUUACUUAUCAUUUUAUACAGGAUUUUUUACCUGUGCGCAUAUGUCAAAUUAUGUCUCUGCUGAUGUCUUUGAAGUUUGGAGCAAAAAUGUUUAUUUAAUCAGAAUUAAUUUAAGAUAUUAUUUAAAUUUCUUAUAAUGGGAAUAAUACAGUCGGUAUGUUGUUCUAUAGUUUUUUGCGUGGAAAGGGUUUUAACCUGGACCUGUUGUGCUUUUCUCCUUAUGCUGUUAAUGUUUACAAUCGUCAUACUCAUGAUAUAUGGAAUAUCGGUCGGCUAUCAUUAUGCACAAAAGGAGCUCGCCGCGUUUGCAAUGUCAUCGCGAUCAACAACAGAGUCGAACAUGUUGAGAGGAGGAGCAGAGCAACCCAUCGUAAGACUUGUCGCCGUCAACCGGACGGAGGUUGAACACGCACCACAACCGAUCCUAGAGGUACAACGUUCGGCCCGAAAGAGAGGCGGCGAGACUAUUUACUUAGAGAAGUCUGCGUCGCCGGUGGUUGUUUUAGAAACCGAAAGUCCACCCAAAGAGCCUGAGCUUUCACCACAAGAAAGGGAACUUGCAAAGCGAAUAAUUGGACGAUAUCGUCGUUCGAAAAACAGCACGUCAGAAAUCCCAUUCUUUCGGCCACUCAACAGCACAGAACCAACUUUGAAAUCAUCUUUAGCAGCCUUUUUAUAAUAUAUUUGGACAUUGAUCGGUGUUUAUUAGGUUCACCAUUAAAUUUCUCUAUAAGUAGAUAUUUUUAUAGAUUCCUUUUGAUUAAAUGUUAUAUUGAUAAAAAGUGUAUAUGUUAACGUAAAAUUGUAAAAACCGUUAGAUUGUAAUCUAUCUCGCGAGAUU